AUGCGCCUUUCCUCGCGCCACGCGAUCACCCCAUUUCUUUUUUUUGGAGAAUUCGUCAAGGGAUUGUCAUUUUCAAUUGAGUCAUCCACGUUGGCUCUGCGACGAGGAGGUGAUCUGCAGCGCAGUAGGCGGCCAAGACUGCCAUCGAGGCUCCAGCACAACGACUGCUUCAGAGGCAUACAGGAACCGUUGUUAAGGGGGGAGUCGCCCGCCGAGCAGAGUGGGGUUACAACCAGGCAGCGCUGUCGCCACCACGCGCUCCACGCCUCGUUGCCAACUACGACAGCGGGGCUUCCCAGCCUGGCCGGGCUACCGAGCGCUAACAACAACAGCAACAACAACAACGCCCCGCCUUCGCCAUCCAACGGUAGCGGUGGUAGGUCUCGGAGAGGGAAGUACCCGGUGAUCGAGCUCUAUCGGCGGGACGCCGACGGCAGCACCACCGCUGAUACUGCGGCCGGUAUCGUCGGCGGCGGCGGUAGCGAUGACGACGACGAUGAUGGCUUGGCGGGAGGAAGUCUUCCGUACGGGCGCCGCGGCGGAGUAGGAGCCCGGCGGUCAGUGGAGCCGCAGGCAACGGCGGUGGAUCACCUCCGGUCUGUGCUGGGGCUGGCGUCGGAUCAGGUGGACAUGAUGCUGGAGUCGUUCCCGACGCUGGCGCACGUCGACCCGGACAAGCUAGGCCUACCCGCAAAGCUCCGGUUCCUCCGGCACACGAUAGGCGCCGAGGUCCGCACGGUGGCUGUGUCCUUCCCCCAGUUCUUCGGGCACCCGCUGGAGAGACUCAUUGCGCCGAGGCACGCGUUUCUCGUCUCCAACGGCCGCCCAUCAGGGGAUCGGCUCCUGGAGACAGGGUGCCGAGGUCUGAGGCGGAUGUUGGAGCUGCCCGUAAACAGAUUUGUGGUGGAGAUGGUUCCCGGCCGUGAGGUGUCUGACUACCGCCGGUUCGAGCAGGCGUUUCUACGGGGGCCGUUCGAUGCCGCCAGGAAGGGCGACGGGGAAACCCUGCGGCUUUUACGCUCCCAUGGGUGGGACUGCUGGGAGACCGACAGACGAGGGCGCACGGCGCUGUUCUGGGCAGCCGGCGGGGGCUCCGUAGAGGCAUGCAAGGCGUUAGUGGAGGGGGAGGGGGGGCUCCGGCCGCAAGAUUCAGGCGGCGACGGGUCGACUCCGCUGCACUGGGCGGUGGCCGGGGUGGAGACGAGACGAUUCGGCACCGGCGGGCACGUCAACGUCUGCCGGUGGCUCCUGGACCUCGGCGUCGACACCAAGGCGAGAACCUCCGAGGGAAACACGGUCGUCAUGUGGGCAGCGUGGGCGGGGGGUCUCGACGCCACGAGGUGGGCAGUGGAGGAGGCUGGCGCACUUGAUGUGGACGCGGCCAACGCGAACGGGUGCACCGUGGCUCACUGGGCCUCGUCGGGCGGCGACGAGGCUGUUUGCAGAUGUUUCUUCGAAUCUUCAGUCCAACAGCAGUCGUGUAUCAUUUGA